UCGUAUUCCAUGUUCCAAUUUUCAGUAAUACGUCUAUAAAAAUCCAAUUUUUGGAAUUGCCGGCUUUCUUCUUCUCUGAUCUCUUGGGCGUAAGAAAGGGGAACAAACGCAUAAAAUGCUUAGAAGCUUCAAUGCAAAUCGAUCAUGGAGGAGGGGAAUUCAACUUCCCUCUUUGAAACCUUGGCAGAGAUGGGCGCCACUUAGCUCCGCUGUACUCCCCGACGGCGUGGACCGGAGCUCAGAAGCAUUCGCUCGCAACUCAGCCACCGCCGAGAGCCUCCUUUCCCAUCUCCGGUCACACAUUCAGAAGGUCCUCGAUGGAGGGGGAGCCGAGGCUGUGAAAAGGAAUCGAAGCCGGAAUAAGCUAUUGCCCCGGGAGCGGAUCGAUCGACUUAUCGACCCUGGGUCGUCUUUUCUGGAGUUAUCACAGCUUGCAGGCUUUGAUCUUUAUGAAGAAUCAUUGCCAUCGGGGGGUAUUAUUACCGGAAUUGGGCCAGUUCAAGGUCGCCUGUGUAUGUUUGUGGCAAAUGACCCCACUGUGAAGGGGGGAACAUACUAUCCUAUUACUGUAAAAAAACAUUUGAGAGCUCAAGAAAUUGCAACACAGUGCAAGCUUCCAUGCAUAUAUCUUGUUGAUAGUGGAGGAGCUAAUCUGCCAAGGCAAGCUGACGUCUUUCCCGACCGUGAUAACUUUGGUAGAAUUUUUUACAAUCAGGCUAAAAUGUCGGCUGAGGGUAUCCCCCAGAUUGCUCUAGUUUUAGGUUCGUGCACCGCUGGAGGUGCUUAUAUACCUGCAAUGGCUGAUGAGAGUGUUAUUGUCAAAGGAAAUGGGACUAUUUUUUUAGCUGGCCCUCCACUUGUGAAGGCUGCUACAGGAGAAGAGGUCUCUGCUGAGGAUCUGGGUGGUGCAUCCAUGCACUGCAAAAUAUCAGGAGUCGCGGAUCAUUUUGCACAUGAUGAACUUCAUGGCCUGAGUAUUGGAAGAAAUAUUUUAAAGAACUUACAUAUGGCAGGAAAAGCGAUAAAUACAUCGCCAUAUAUUUCUUCCAACUACAAUGAACCAUUGUACGAUGCAAAUGAGCUUCGAUUAAUUGCACCAACAGAUCAAAAACAGCCAUUUGAUGUUAGAUCCAUAAUUUCUCGUAUUGCUGAUGGUAGCGAGUUCGAUGAAUUCAAAAAAUAUUAUGGCACUACACUUGUAACAGGUUUUGCUAAAAUUUAUGGCCAGUCUGUGGGAAUCAUAGGAAACAAUGGAAUAUUAUUCAUUGAAUCUGCUUUAAAAGGAUCACAUUUCAUUGAGCUAUGUGCACAGCGCAACAUUCCUCUUAUAUUUCUUCAGAAUAUAACAGGAUUUAUGGUUGGUUCCAAAUCAGAGGCGGGGGGCAUUGCUAAAGCAGGAGCUAAAAUGGUUAUGGCCGUCUCUUGUUCUAAGGUUCCAAAGAUAACUAUUAUAGUUGGUGGAAGUUUUGGUGCUGGAAAUUAUGGAAUGUGUGGACGUGCUUAUAGUCCUGAUUUCUUGUUUCUCUGGCCCACUGCCAAAAUAUCUGUUAUGGGUGGUGCUCAGGCUGCUGGCGUUCUUGCACAGAUAGAAAAAAGCAACAAGAAAAAGCAAGGAAUCAAGUGGAGCGAAGAGGAGGAGGAGAAAUUCAAAGCUGCGGUCGUGCAAGCAUAUGAUAGAGAAGGAAGCCCUUAUUACUCGACGUCGAGGCUUUGGGAUGAUGGCAUCAUUGAUCCAGCUGAUACCAGGAAGGUUUUGGGUCUGUGCCUGUCUGCUUCCAUUAAGCCUGUUGCAGAAGAAACCAAGUUUGGUGUCUUCAGAAUGUGAUAUAUAAAAAUAACAAUUUGGAUGAAUAAGAUUUUAGAAAUAGCUGUUGCUAUGAAUUCUGUUGCUCCAAAUUUCAAGUUUUCCAAAGCAAAUGUUUUUGAUAUGAAGACUGAACCUUUCUUUUGUGAUAAUGAAUGCAAUGUGUUCAAAUUUGCAAUUUGCAAAAGAACAAUGUAUUUUUAGUACCAUUUCUGUGCAAUAUGGUCUCAAGUUUUGCUUGAACUGUUUAUGG